CUAGUUAUUCUGAGUUAAAAGAAAAUGAUUCAGAAGAUGAAAAUUUAAUUAACAAAGAACGAAAUAGAAAAUCUCAACAAUGUGGUUGUACUUUUUAUAUUCCUACUUCUUUUAAUAAUUCUAAUAGUUUAUGA